CAUGAGGCCAUGAAAGAGGGCCAUUAUAAUGAUAAUGGUCGCAUCUUGAGACUUUAACCGACCCCAGCUCAUCACAUUUGACCCAGAGAAGUCCUCGAAACACGUGUGGACCCUUUAAACAACUUAAACUUUAAUUCUUCUUUUCUUAUUUGUUGAAGUAAAAGCUCUGAAGACCCACAAUGGAUGCUCCUACACAGACAAAGCCAGUUGGGAACCUCCAGUCUCCCUCAGCAGCUAACCUGGCUACAAUGCAGUCCUACAGGCCUCUUUUGAGUGACUAUGGACCUCCAUCUCUGGGAUUCUCACAGGGCUCCUCUGGCAGCCAAGUGCCUCAGAACAAAUAUGCAGAGCUGCUGGCUAUCAUUGAAGAGCUCGGAAAGGAGAUCAGGCCCACAUACGCUGGAAGCAAGAGUGCAAUGGAGAGACUGAAAAGAGGAAUAAUCCACGCCAGAGGGCUGGUUCGUGAGUGCCUGGCUGAGACGGAGCGAAACGCACGGUCCUAGCUAAUGAACACACCCAACACCCCCCCCACCACCACCACCACCGACCCCUGCAAGAAGAACCAACAGCGUGCGUUUCAUGAAACAAAAAUAAGAAACUUGCAUGGCAUUUCCUUUGAGAAAGAGGAAGUAAAAAGAGGAAAGGGAUGGAAAAGAAAGCUCCUAGAGUGAAAAAGUUACAACUCAUGACUCCUGAGGGAUCAUUUAAAUCAUAUGUGGGUCACUGGAAAUCAAACAGGAGGAUGAUCAUGUGUUUUUACGUCCCACUUUGGGAUUAUUAAGUUUUGAAUUCAUAUUUAAAAUGUUGAUUUGUGCAUGCAAAUGGGCCCGUGGGUAUUGUAGACAGUGCAUGGCUUGUACAGGGGUAGAUGGAGAAGACUUCUUCUUGUUUUUGAUAGUAUUUGGUCUGAUUUUCAGACCCUUAUAACACACGUGAUUGAGUGAGCAAGGGACAGAGAUGUGCCAAAUGCAUCGGUUCAUUUGUGUUGAGGCUGGUUUUGGUAUAAAAAAAGGAAAAUGCUGUUACCUGCAUCUUUGUAUGUAUUUAUUACUCAGUGUAAUAAAUUGUAUUUUCAA